AUGGCCGCCAACGACUACUAUCAACCAUCCUACGCGGAUCCUCAACCGCCUCGACCAGUCUCUCACAUCGCCUUCGCCUAUAAUCCUAAUCAGAGUACUUCCACGCCUGACCAGCCUCGCCUCUCCAAAGCCUCCACCGCUAGGCCAAUGUCUAAUUUCUACGAACCUCAUGACCCUUCCAGAUACUCAAUACACUCAGAUUCGAUCCCGCUCAAGCAGAAGACGCAGAUAAAUACCGGUGCAGAGGUGGACGAUUGGCGGAAUCGACCGACGCAGUACCCUCCGUCCCCCGAAUUGCACUCGCCCCACCCGCAACUAUUGCCGGACUCAAAGGGCAGGAAGAAAAUGGAAGGCUCAUUUGGAAAUUACUUCAAGGGAAAGAUUCCGUGGGUGGUUUAUACCUUGAGUUUGAUACAGCUCACGGUGUUCAUUGUCGAGAUAAUCAAAAACUCGAUCAUUACGGGCUCACCCAUCAUGAUACACCCCCAGUUUAAUCCUAUGAUCGGCCCUUCCACCUACGUACAGAUCAACAUGGGCGCUCGAUUUGUCCCAUGUAUGCGCGUCACCCCGGGUGUCCAAGACAGUCCGGACCCUCCCACCUGGCCAUGCCCGAACACGACGACGUCGGAUCCAAAUUCGCCGAGCAAUCACUGCGAUCUCAAAGAAUUGUGCGGCUUUUCCGGCUUCAGCAACGAGGAUCCAAAUCAGUGGUUCCGAUUCAUCAUCCCCAUGUUCUUACAUGCCGGGCUCAUUCACAUCGCCUUCAACCUGCUUUUGCAGCUCACCAUGGGUCGAGAGAUGGAAAAGGCCAUCGGUAGUAUUCGCUUUGCCAUCGUCUAUUUCAGCUCGGGCAUUUUCGGCUUCGUCCUGGGCGGCAACUUUGCGGCCACGGCGAUCGCGUCAACGGGUGCAUCAGGUUGUCUCUUUGGCAUCCUCGCGCUGGUCCUCCUGGAUCUCAUCUAUGGCUGGAAUGAACGACGCCACCCAGUCAAAGACCUGAUGUGGAUCAUUGUAGACAUCGUCAUAUCCUUCGUCCUGGGACUGUUGCCCGGUCUGGACAAUUUCUCCCACAUCGGGGGCUUUCUCAUGGGCCUCGCCGCCGGCAUCUGCCUGCUCCACUCACCCAACAUUCUCCGCCAACGCAUCGGGGAUUCAGGCACCAAUGCGCUCAGUAAAGCCCCGUACCGGAACGUGGGCUCGGAAGCAGAACUCAGCAUGAAUCCCAAGGAUCCCAUGCUCCCCCGGUCUGCCGGAGCCUCCAAAUCCGCCCCAACGACGACCGCGUCCCCCGCCAACAUAUCGUCUUUUGCCAAACAACCCGUCGGCUUCUUCAAGGGCCGCAAGCCCCUCUGGUGGGCAUGGUGGUUAUUCCGCCUGGGCGCCCUCAUCGGCGCGCUCGUCGUCUUUAUCAUCCUUUUGAACAACUUCUACAAGUACCACGACACGUGCUCGUGGUGCAAGUACCUCAGCUGUCUCCCGAUCAACAAUUGGUGCGAGAUUGGAAAUUUGCAGCUGAGUAAUUCGACGGGUGUCAAUUCGACGGAUCUGGGGAAGAGAGCAGUUGAUCUGUUCUUGCCCCACGCGGCAGACAGGCUCUUGGAUAUGUUGUAA